GCCAAGAGAACGGCGGGUCGUCCCGGCUUCUUUUUUCCCGGGCGCCCUCCCUUCUCCAAUCACUCUCCGACCAUUUACCGCCUGCCAUGGCUCCGAGUCCUCCGAACCAAACGGGAAUCGGGGCGGUGCUCGCCAGGCCAAUGAAACCCCGGAUUCCAAUCCAUUCAUACCGCUUGCUCUCCAGGUUUUCGGCGCAGGCGACCCUCCGACAAAGGCUGGUUCUGGUUUCGUCCCCGGGCCUGGCCCGGCCCCCCUCCGCUCGCACCGUCCCUGUGCCUUGAGUAGACUCCCGGGUACCCCAUCCCGCUGCCAGCCGCGUCCUGCCCUUGGCGCCCCCUUUCUUCCAGCCCGUGUCGGGGCGCCCAGUUCCGGGGCACCGGCGCUUCUCGAGGCUUCCCCUGCUUCCGCUGACCCGGACAUCAGCGUUUGCCUCAGAUGGCUGGUCUCUGCCCGGGCCUCCCUCUCUUGGAUGAAUGCAUGCACGCAUGCGGGAAUGGAAAAGCAUUUAUGUAGCGCUUACGACAUGCCCCGCGGCCCGGAGCCCGCUUUCCCCAUCCUCCACUUUGUGGCCUUCUUUUUCGUGGCCUCCUCCAUCUUCUACUUGGAGUGGCAGAACCUGAGGAAGCUGCAGGGCCUCUGGGCCCCCCCGAUCCAGCUCCCCCCCAGCAGCUGGACGGUGAACACGCAGGGGCGCCUGGGGAACCAGAUGGGGCAGUACGCCACGCUGUACGCGCUGGCCAAGCUCAACGGCAAGCAGGCCCUCAUCUCGCCCAAGAUGCAGAGGACGCUGGGCCGCCUCUUCCGGAUCACGCUGCCCGUGCUGAGGGACCGCGCGGCCCUGCCGGUGCCCUGGCUCCCCUACCUGCUGGACGACUGGAUGAGGGACGACUACCGGCACAUCCCCUGGAACUACGUCUUCUUCACGGGCUACCCCUGCUCCUGGACCUUCUUCCACCACGUCCGCGACGAGAUCCUGCGCGAGUUCUCGCUGCACGCCGGGCUGCGCGACGAGGCCCAGGCCUUCCUGCACCGGGCGCGCCGGGGCCGCCGCGGCCUCACCUUCGUGGGGGUCCACGUGCGCCGGGGCGACUACCUGCGCACCAUGAGCGAGGUGUGGGAGGGCGUCGUGGCCGACAAGGCCUACCUGGAGCGGGCCCUGGCCUGGUUCCGGGCCCGCUACGCCCGCGUACUCUUCGUGGUGGUCAGCGACGGCAUGGCCUGGUGCCGGAGGAACGUGGACGCCUCCCGGGGCGACGUGGUGUUUGCCGAGGGCUGGAGGAGGCGCUCGGCCGAGAAGGACUUCGCCCUGCUCACCCAGUGCAACCACACCGUCAUGACCAUCGGCACCUUCGGCUUCUGGGCGGCCUACGUGGCUGGAGGCCGCACCGUCUACCUGGCCAACUACACGCUGCCCAGCUCCAAGUUCCUGCUCGUCUUCAGGCCCGACGCGGCCUUCCUGCCCGAGUGGGUGGGCAUCCCCGCCGACCUGUCUCCCCUGCUCCGCAACGCCACUUAGCCCUCGGGACACGCUCCCUGCCCCUCGGCCCUCCCCCAGCCCAGCGGCGGGCGCUUUGCUGAAUAAAGCUUGAUACGGUUCUCA